GGCACAUUUGUGUGCCAUGAGAGAUCAUCAGGUGUGUCGCUGGGAAUUAUCCAAUUUUACUUAAUUGGUCCAACAAUGAAGCGGCACGGUGGGCCGACUGGUUAGAGCGCCAGCCUCACAGUUCUGAGGACCCGGGUUCAAUCCCCGGCCCCGCCUGCGUGGAGUUUGCAUGUUCUCCCGUGCCUGCGUGGGUUUUCUCCGGGCACUCCAGUUUCCUCCCACAUCCCAAAAACAUGCAUUAAUUGGAGACUCUGAAUUGCCCGUAGGUGUGACUGUGAGUGCGAAUGGUUCUUUGUUUGUAUGUGCCCUGCGAUUGGCUGGCAACCAGUUCAGGGUGUACCCCGCCUCCUGCCCGAUGACAGCUGGGAUAGGCUCCAGCACGCCCGCGACCCUAGUGAGGAGAAGCGGCUCAGAAAAUGGAUGGAUGGGUCCAAAAAUGAUUUACUACAAAUGUAUAUUUUGUUCAUCUAUUUAUGCCAGUGACGUAUUGUGACAGGCAGAACCUUUCAAAUGCUCGUCUACCAGAUUGCAAAGGGUACAUAACAAUUUGCCUCUGUAUCCACUUUUUGUUUGAUGGUGUGGUUGCCAUUUUUCACAUUUAAGAUGUGUUGUUGGCGCAAACGUCUAGAAACACUGCUGUUUGAAUUUGGGUUUCAUUGGACAUUCACCAUGCUCCACCUUGUGCUUAUAACACGAAGCUGCACUUAUAGGACUGAAUAAAUCAGAACUUUAAUCACACGCCUACAAAAGGUUCGUAAUGCUCUUUUAAAAUGUUAUCGAUUAGAAGGCAGAAAACAACUCGCUGGCGGACUUUUUUUCCUCGUUUUUUUAAAAAAAUAUUUUUUUUUUUGCUUUAUUUUAUUUUAUUUAAAUUUUUUAAGCCCGUCCUAACGGACUUUUCGCACCUUGAGAGGUUGCCACCCGCAGGAGGCGCCGUAUCGAAAGUAAUGUGUUGGUGCGUCUCCAUGGUGACCCGGAGCCACAUGAUUUGCAUAUGUUGAAGAAAAUUGUCAUGAGGUCUUUCCACGCGGCUUGUUGAGGCAUCAUCCAUGGAGAAGAAGCUGAACUCCCACACUCUGUUCAGCUGCUGGACCCCGUUGAGCAACCACAUCGAGAACAUGCAGUUAUUUGAAGAAAGGAUCAGUUUAGUGCUCCACUGGUUUGAUCUGUGGACUGACCGACAGAGGAAACACAUGCUGCAUUCUCUUCUCACACGAUGCACCAAGCCUCAGCUCAGGUACUGUAGAGAUCUGCUGACUGAAAAACUUCCGUUGACCCAAGCGGAUUUCACAGCGAUGCUACCCCGUUUCCUGUCACUUUACAUCAUGUCCUUCCUGCCCCCUCUGGACCUUUGCUCUGCCGCCCAAGUCAGUUGGCACUGGAGGGUUCUAUCUGAACAGGACUGUCUGUGGGCGAGGCGCUGCAUACGACAAGGUUGGUUUCUUCCCUACACACCCGGAGAAAAAGAGUUUGGCGCUUGGAAGAACCACUUCAUCUCUUGUCUCAACACACUGGACUGGCUGACUCCUCGUGAGGCAGCACACCAGUACCGGACAUUUAACCAACCAUGUGAAGAGGUAGAAGAAGAAGAGGAGAGACUAAAAGAGAGCAGAAUGAGGCAGAUGAUCAGAGCAAAUAUUCAAGAGGAGAAGAGAAUAGCAAUGAGAACCAGGAAAGGCUGGAGCAGCAGCACAAAGUUGGGGGAAUCUAGAAGUCAUAGCAUCCAGAGCCAAACAACCAUCCUUGGGACAAUAUUCAGGACCUCUGGACCUCCUGGCUUGAGUCUGUCCACAAGCAGUGGCCUGAGCUUGGAGAAAAACAUGAGCAGAGUUAGUGGCCCGCUGUCUAACUACAUCUCCAGACCUGCACCACUACAGUCCUCCAGCAUCUACAGACAUCCUGCAACCUGCUUGCUGUUGGUCUCGAAUAGAAUUCCUGCUUACGAGCUGGUGCUGAGCGGCGUCAAGGCAGAUGUAAUUGUGGUCCUCUACGACCACCGAGGGACCCUGUCGGCACUGUUGUGCCAGGUGGAGGGGGCUGUUUCUGGGCGCACCUUUCAAAGGCUCGGCCUGUUAGCACCUGGAGGAACAGAGGAAAUCCACCUAUUUCACAACAGCUGUUUAUCAGACAGAACCCUUCUCACUCCAGCCCACCGAGAUUUCUGGGAAAAACUGUCCAUGCUAGUGGCCCCUGCUGAGCAAAGCGGUGGGAUAGACAUUUUCUCGCCAUGUGCGGCAUCAACCUCAGGCAUGGCAUUCAUGCAGAAGCUUGCCGCUGUUACAGGUCUGAAGGUUUGGGCACCAAUGGGUCUCGCCACUGGAAGUUUUCAAAAUAGUGUUUGUUACCCAUCCUCAGUCUUUGGUGAUUGGUCUGAUGGUAGUAUCAGUGCCAUCGGGCUCUCCGACCCACAACCGGGAGGGCCAGCGCUCCAUUACAUCAGUGAGCCAGUCCUGCAGGGCUGGUGCAGACAGGUACAGUGGAUGGAGGAAGCACUCGGGGAGAUGAAAAGCUGUCUGGAUUUCCGGCUUCAGCAGGUUGGCCUUCAAGCCUGGGGCAGAGCUCUGGGUCAUUCAUUGUGGGAGAGAGUCCGUCUUGAGGAUCUGUGUUUGUCCGAAGACCUUAGCAUGGCGCUCACUGAAGGACUCACUGUUCUCACCAAACAGGAAGAGAUGAGACCGUUUGAGUUUCUCGCUGCCUUCCUGACGAAAUGGAGUGACGAGGAGGAGGCCAGAGAGGAAAAACAAGUGUCUCAAUGCUCUCUGGUGUCAGGGCAUCCUCAGACGCAUUUUGACUGGAGAGGAGUCAUUGUCAGAGAGCUGCAACUCAGCGAAUUUCUGUACAUCAGCAGACUGAGUGCUCUUGUGAAGGCAUACCAGGAGCCUCUCACAGCAGCCCUCAAUUCCAACAGAGCCAUUCUCAGCUUUGCGGACAUGCAUGUUGUGCUGAGCCCCAUUGCACAAAUUCUGGACCUCAACAGGGGGUUCAAGGUAGAUUUAGAUGCCAGACUGCAGCAGUGGGGUGCAGAGCAGUGUGUUGGCGAUGUGUGCGUGAAACUGUGCACACACUUCAGAGUGUACACAAACUACCUCAACAAUUACACAACUGCUCUAAGUACCAUUGACAAGUGCAGGGAUGCAAAGCCAGCAUUUCGAGCUUUCUUGAAGAGAACUGACAGAACUCUUGCAACACACAUGCUGAGUUUACAGGAGCUGCUGCUGUGUCCAGUGUGGAGAAUCCAGGAGUACACAACUCUGCUGCAAGCUCUGACUUUGCAUACACAUGACAGUCACCCUGAUCACACACACCUCUCCUCUGCCCUUAACACCAUGCAGCGAUACACAAAGUUCAUCCAAAAUCUGAAGCGCAACUGUGAAAGAGACCGGCUGUUGGAGGAAACCCAGCAGAUGAUCCAAGACUGUCCGAGGCUCAGAGAGGGAAACCGUCAGUUGAUAACCAGUCAGGAAGCUGCUUUGCUAUACAGCCCCAAUGACCACAUACCAGAGUCUCUCAGGACCUACGAGCAUGUGGCAGAUGUCAGCCUCUUCCUGUUCUCUGAUAUGUUGGUGUUGACGCGGAGGAAAAAGCAGCACACACCUUUCACAGUAGUGCACAGGAGCACACACACGUUCCUCGCCUCUGUGACGCUCGCCAGUCUGACUGUGAGGAGGAUCACGCACUCACGUUAUGUGAAGCACGCCUUCAUCCUGGAGGGGCCUUCACGCUCUUGGGUUUGUGCCACUGAGCGAGGCGAUCAGAUGAAGCACUUCCUGUGCGUGCUGAGCAGUGCCAUGCAAACAACGCUGACAUCCACGUGAUCAGCAACAGGAUGACAAUGCGAGGACAGGAGGAGAUUUGAACAAGUUGGACUUGAAGUGUCAAGGAAUCUCAAGCAAAAACAUUUAAUGAUGCAACAUGAAUACUUUUUAAAGUAUAACAUAGCACAUACGGAAGGUUUCAGUGUGCUUCACUUUUUCCACAUUUUGUUAUGUUACAGCCUCAUUCUAAAAUUGUAUACAUGUAUUUUUUUCCUCAAAAUUCUAGACACACUCCAUAAUAACAAUAUGAAUAAAUUGUUUUACCUUUUAGCAAAUUUAUUGGGCAUAACAAAGAAAUCACCUUGUACAUAUGUAUUCAUAGCCUUUGUUGAAUGUAUUCCAUUUUAGAAUGAGGCUAGAGCAUAAGAAAAGUGAAGUAUCAUUCUGAAUACUUACUGGAUGGACUGUUUUUUACUAUUAACCAAUGCUUCUGUAGCAUUUAUGGUGAAGAUGAAUUUGAAACGUGUGUGUGUGUGUAUGAUACAGUAUAAAAGGUCUUUAUUGAACCAGGAGGGAAAAACAACUAUUUAGACUUUAAAGUGUGAUGCAGCUGCAUUUUGUCACCUGUUUUACACAUUUACAUUUUUUUAUUGCCACUUAUUAAAAAAAAGAAAAGUUUGUCUUCAUCUGUUUUUUUUU